UCAAAACUUCAUAAUUUCAUUUCGCCGUACCCUCCACAUUCUCCUUCUCCAUUUCUCUCUCUGCAACUCCCUCUCUGCACAAAAUCACAUUCCUGCAGUUCCCCUAAAUCAAAAUCAAAGACCAUCCUCCUUUCUCUCUCUCCAAUGGGCGGUGACCGAGAAGAAAACCAAGAAGAAGGGGAGGAAAGGGACAUAAAUAGAUUGCUUCUGGGAAUCAUGGAGGGUUACAGCGACUCUGUGAUUCCUCCAUUGUCUCAACUUUCUCCUCAUUUGCGUGAAACACCCGCCAUUGUUGGGGAAAAAGCUGGAUCAAGCUCCAGAAAAAGAAACAGAGUGCCGGAAGAAAAUGGCAAAACAGUGCCGGAAGAAAAUGGCAAAACAGAGGGCUUGCAGAAGGAACGUGACCGGAGGGAGAGGAUGAGCGAGAAAUUCUCUCUUCUUCAGACCAUCGUCCCCAAUCUCUUCCCCAAGGCUACGAGGGUGAAGAUCGUGAGUGAGACCAUAGAGUACAUAGAAAAACUUGAGAAAGAGAAGAAAAGGCUGGAGGAGCUGAAGGAUUUGUCGGAAAAAAUGGAGCCGGCGAGGGGUACAAUUACUCACACUGUUAACUGGGACUCACUGGUCACCGUGGACUUCUCCGGCGACGUCGUGUUCUUCGGAAUACGAACUCCAGCUCGACGGAGCAUGGCGGUGAAGAUUUUGGAAGUGUUCGAGAGGCACCGGACGGAGGUUUUGGCGGCGAGUGUUACAGUUGCGGGCAAGUACUUGACGUUAGCGGUCACAGCUUUUGUGAAGGGAGAUCGAGGCGAUACUACGGAGAAAAUCAAGAGCGACAUUUUGAUGUUAUAG